CUUGGGAAUUUAAAUGCUUGAUACAACGUCAGUGGUUGACGUUAUUUUUAAAUUCACGCGACAUUUAGGAAAAAGCUCUAAAAAAAAUACAGUAAUUUCGGUCAAAAUUUUCAGUUUUCGAUUUCUAAAUCAUUAAGGGGAUCAUGUGCACUAAAGCUUUAGUCCAAUUGCACAUCGGACAGGCUGGUGUACAAAUGGCAAAUGCUUGCUGGGAACUUUAUUGCUUAGAGCAUGGAAUAACAAGCCAUGGAUGCUCAUAUUGCAAUGAUUCCAAUGAUUUCUGUACUUUUUUUGAGGCCGGGCGAGGAUCUAAGGUUGUUCCACGAACUGUUUUGGUGGACACCGAACCUACUGUUAUUGAUGAAAUUCGUGGUGGCGCUUACAGGUUUUUAUUUUCACCUGAUACAAUGAUAACAGGAAAAACCGAUGCCGCUAGCAACUUUGCUAAAGGCUAUUACCUUUUAGGCAAUGAAAUGAUUGAUAUAACAAUGGAUACUAUCAGGAAAGUAGUAGAAAAAGCUCCAUCACUACAAGGAUUUCUACUGUUUCAUUCGAUUGGUGGUGGUACAGGAUCUGGUUUUGGAACCAAAGUUUUAGAAUAUUUGGACCGAGAUUACGGGAAAAGAACAAAAAUGGAGUUUGUUGUUUUUCCUUCACCGAAGAUAUCACCGCUGAUUGUAGAACCGUAUAACGCGAUUUUGGCAACACACUCUUCAAUGGAAUAUGUAGACUGCUCUAUUUUGAUGGACAAUGAGGCCUGUUAUGAAGUAUGCGACACACAGUUGCAUGUUGAGUAUCCAACUUACACAAAUCUAAAUAGGAUUAUAGCUCAGGUUGUUGCCACAAUAACAACUCCGUUAAGAUUCGAGGGUGCUGUAAAUAUUGGUUUUAGUGAACUUCAGACAAAUCUGGUACCUUACCCUAGAAUACAUUUCCCACUUGCAACUUAUGCACCUCUACUAUCGAUGAAACGAUCAGGAUAUGAAAAUUCAACAACACAUCAGCUUACCUUUCAAUGUUUCGAGCCAGCAAAUCAGUUGGUGAAGUGUAAUCCUGCAAGUGGAAAGUAUAUGUCGUGUGUUUUACUUUAUCGUGGCGACGUUACUCCUCUUGAUAUCAACAAUGCUAUUCAGGAUAUAAAGUCUAAGAAGUCUAUCUUAUUUGUCGAUUGGUCACCAACUGGCUUUAAAACGGGAUUGAAUUAUCAGCCUCCGGCUUGUGUGCCUGGAGGUGAUUUGGCACCAUCUCAUCGAGCUGUAUGCAUGUUAUCGAAUAGUACGUCAAUCCGAAGAGCUUUCUCUAGAAUUGUUUAUAAAUUUGAUAACAUUAUGAGUAAGCGAGGGUUCGUGCACCAUUUUGUUGGCGCAGGACUCGAAGAAGGUGUGCUAACCGAGGCCCGUGACGAUAUUUGUGCAUUGGUUUCGGACUAUAAAGAAAUAGAGCAAGACGAAAGCGAGGAGUAGUCCUGACGAUUUCUGAGACUGUUUACUGUUAUCAUACUUCGCGAACAACUUCUAUAGGUAAAUUACAACUAAAGCCCUCAAGGUUACCUCGACCGUUUGGAUAUAUUAAUAUUAACGGUCAAUAUCAAAUGAUCGCGUGCGCAUUUACUUAAUUCAAUUGCCGGUGGAGCAAAUUGGAUAAAAAGGUUCGAUUGAAAUGGCAUUAGAUGCAAAGAUCCCAACCAGACCGUCCCUUUCUUCGAGCGGCUAGAAAAUGUGAAAAUUUGUGAGUUGGAUCCAGUCGUGCUUUCAUUCCCGCAUAGUGAUCUUUCGAUUAAUACAGAAAAUUGUAAUUCAACUAAAAAUUCCAGUGUAUUUAAUGAAGGAAAUGAAAGGCCAGUUGUUUCCUUUCCCAAAGCAAAAGAUGGUGCGACCUACGUAGUUCUUCUUAUGGACAUGAAUACCACAAACUGCUCGGCUGGAAAAUUUUAUAUUCAUUGGAUGAGCACAAAUUUGCCAGGAAAUGAUCUCAGCCAGGGCCGAACAACCUUCAUUGGAACAGAGAGCUUUGAAUACGUUACGAUUUUCUCUAAACGGGCUUUCGGCACGCAUCAAUAUAUUUGCUUAGCAUAUCAACAAAAUUAUAAUUAUCAUUAUUUUGAGUAUCCUUGGCGAAGAUGCUUCCAUCCGAAUGAUUGGGCGCCCACAACGACAUUAAGAGAAGUGGUUUAUGGUCCCACUGGUGGAGUCCAAUUCAAUAUCAAUUUCUAAUAAUAGUUAAUAAAUGCAUCUCAAAGUGUUUCA